AUGGCAACAAGCAAUUUGCAACAUCUAUGGAGAAAAUCUUUUCAAUUACAUCAUAUGAACGAUUGUGACGAUUUGAAUUUUUAUUAUAAGAAGUUUCUCAAUAAACUAAGUAAAAUAUGUUUGAAAAUUUUCCUUCCGUUAUUAUUCUUAAUGAACUUCUUCGCAUUAUUUCUCUGUCGUUUAUUAUUAUCAAAACAAAUAUUUGACAUUCGUACACAAACGUAUUGUAUAUUGAUUUUUUUAUCUAUCGUUUUAUUAUUACUCGUACGCCUACAUUCAAAACGAAAACGACUCUGGCUUUUCACGCGUUUUCUCCUCGUUUUUCUUCUUAUUACUCCAUUGAUUAUCACGUAUCAAACUGAACAAUUUCAUCUGUUAUUAUCGUCGAUUUCGAUUCUUCUCGUUUAUUCACUAUUAACUUUCACACUAUUUCAAUCUCUCGUGAUUUCGUUAAGUAUUUCCGUACUUUAUAUCUUUUUGAACAAUUCGUUACAUUGGAAAACAGCGGAGUUCUGUUCGAUCGUCUUUUAUCAUUUCAUUCUGAAUUUAACCGGUUUGUAUUCUUAUGUGAGUUCGAUCAACCACAUCCGUCAACAUUUCUAUGCGUAUAAAACCAAUCUAUUCGAAAAGAACAAGUCCAACGUUGACUGUAAGAAACUCCAUACGAUCAUCGGCUAUUUCCAACAAGCACCAACAACAUUAGGGAGCAAUUGUCAAACAAAACAUGGUACAAUCAUUAAUUGUUCGAUCUCAUUAAAUGAACAAACCCGAAUUCAUACGUGCGACGAAUUAGCGUCACUGAUCGAUGUACUCUACUGUCAGAUUGAACAAUUAAUUCUCCAAAUUCAACCGGAAGCGACAUAUGUUUUCGAUAAUGAAACAUUGAUCAUUGGUCUAUUAAAUGAAAAUCAUAAUGAACAAUUAAAUAUUGACAAUAGUUGUCGUUUGGCAAUUGAAUUAUUUCGUUUUAUUCAACAUGUUAAUCAAAUAACGCAAUGGAAUUUGACCAUCGUUAUCGGAAUUGAUUAUAAUCAAGUCACCGUCAUCUCUUCUCGAUUUCUACAUGGUUCAGCUACUGAUUAUUCUCGAUGGUUGCGUGAAGAAUGUCCUGUUAGAGAUCGGAUUCAUGUUUCUCACAAAAUCUACGACUCUCUCAAAGACAAUUGCUUUUAUAAGUUCUCGAUGAUCACCAACAAUUCCACUUAUUUGCUUUUCAAUACCAAUAUGUACGAACCGUUUCAUCACGGAUUGAUCUUGAUGAAUACAUCGAACAUGAUCGAUCAACUGACACGUAUACAAGCGGAAUAUUACGUGGAAAAACAUCUCGGAACGAUCACGUUAUCGCGUUCGCUUCGGAAACGAAGUUUAUUCGAAUUGACAUCGGAACAUAUUCAUUGGUUCGGUUUGAACUUUCGUGAUAAAUAUUUAACAAAAGAUUUCCAAAGUAUUCAUCGAACAGCACGUCCAAGCAACUUUCUCUAUAGUUUUAUUUUACUAAUUCUCUUCGGUUCAUUGUUACAAUCAUUUGUGAUUAACCAUUUAACUUUUACAUACCUAGUAUCCUUUCCCAUGAUUAUUAUUGGAUUAGUUAUUUUAAUUAUGAGCUUUUAUUACAUAAUUCGUAUAGAAAAUUCGGAAAUUAAUAAGAAAUUUUACGUAUAUUUGAAUGUUUUAAUUUGUUUAACAUUAACAACGUUGAUUUUCGUCGCAAUUCAAUUUCAUUCGAUACAAAAUUUUAAAUAUUUAUUCAUGUCAACUAUAUCGGACAAUGAAACAAACUCGAAUCAAUCAUCGUCAGCAACAAAAACUCAUUUAAACAGUGAAUCGUUCUUUGAUCGUCGAUAUCAUAACUAUUUGGUAGUAGCUCCGAUCUAUCCACUCUAUUUCUGUACGUUAUUCCGUCAAUGUUCAUGGAUGAUCAAGACUUUCUUCAUCAUUUGUUGUACAAUUCUUCAAUUAUACAUCUUAGAAUAUGUCUGGCUAACAACAAGUACCUAUUUUCCUUCGAUAAAUGCUUUACAUCAUUAUACUUCAUUUACAUUGGUUAUUUUUCAUAAUCUUCUUCUGAUUAUUUUCUCGUACAUAUACGAAUGGCUGGAGAAAAUCGAUUUUCUUUGGUUGAAGCAGAUUGACAACGAACGACUAAUGAUUAUUCGACAGCGCAAUCAGCUGGUGAAACAAGUUUCAUCUGUGUUGCCAAAUCGUGUGAUUGAUUAUUAUCUGAAUACGAACUGGAAUCUGUCGUUGACGCAACAUUAUCAUCAGAAAUAUGAUCGAAUGGGUUUGUUAUACAUUCGUUUUAGUCCAUUGAUAACGAAAGAUGAACAUUCUUUGGUCAAUUGUAUAAAUAAUAUUGAAUAUUUGAUGAGAAAUAACGAAAAGUAUCAAGACAUCGUCCUACAUAGAAAAUCAAAUAUAAAAGAAGUGAUUUUAUCACUUGAUAUACAAAAUUCGUCAAAAUCGAUCCAGAAUUUAGUUGAAUUGCUCUUUCAAAUUGAAGAAUAUCUCAAAACUCAUCAAGUCAAUCUCACCGCUUGUCUGCACAUUGGCUCGGUCGAUGAAAUCCUCGUUCACUUCAUACAAUAUCCCAAACUUGAUCUCUGGAGUGAACACCUCUCUCUAAUGCAAUUGCUAAUUUCCAAAAUUCAAUUGAAUCAUUGUUUAGUAACAUCAUCUGUCUAUCAGUUACUCAAUGAUCUGUAUCUAUUUCGAACAGCUGGCUCAAUUAUCGAUGCACAGAUGAAUAUUGAAAAUAAUACCAACAUUUACUUUCUACUCGGACGUCUUAUCGGAGAUAAUGUCUUUCAAGGUCGAAACACUCUUCCAUUGGUAAUCAAUCAACCGAACAAUGAUACAAUUCCUAAAUCUUCAAGUACAGACGAAUCUCACCAUUCCCAAUUUUCUCAACGUGAUAAAAAUCUUUCAAUGACGACGACGACAACAACAACAACGACAACGACAUCUUCGGACAUGGUCAAUGAUCAACAAAGUCUAUUGAAGCAAUCAUCACGAAAACAUCUACGUCCUAGUCAAGCAUUGUAUCGUGACACGUUGUUGCAAGCAUUGAAUCCGACGGCAAAUAAUUUACAUCAAAUCAAUCCGAUUCGGAAACUGAAGAAUCAGAUUAAUUCAAACGAAAACAAUGGUUGGGCAUUGAGAGAAAUAAUUGCCAAUGAUAGUACUUGCAUCAUGCUGACACAGAAACUCAUCAAUGAACCGAUAGAUGAGACGAAUCUAUGUAAAUCGAUUUCGUCGUCAUCGAAAUGUCCAGCAUCUUCCAAACAUAAGAUAUCUCUCGAAGAUAACUGUUAUCAGUUACUUCAGGAUCAAUCGUCCAAAGAUCCGAUUCAUGCAUCUCAUAGUUUAUCGACAACGAACGAAGAAACGGCAUCAUCAUUCUCUGGUUGGGAUGAUCCACCUUCAUCUUCUGUACCCGCGGCCAACGAUCUCAAUUCAACAUCGAACACAUCACCACCACAAAACGAUGUAUACCCUUCGCAAACAUUCGAUGUAUCAUUUACAGUGAACAUGACUACGAAUGAAGCGAACUCUGCUGUUCCUUCGAACAAUUCUCAGCAGGCUAAGUCUACUUUUCGUCAAUUACCAUUUAACUUAGCACGUAAACUAAUUGCGGAUACGUCUGAAAGUGAAAUGUCUAUUCAUCAUGACCCAUGGACACAAAACAAUGCUUAUCAAGCGAGAGCCCUCCAACGGACGCGAUUCUCUUCGAGUUAUAAUAAUCUAACUAAUCUUCAAUCAAAACAAAGACAAUCUCCGGCUCUAUUUCAUCCUGAUAUGUUACAACGAUGGCUUGAAGAUCAACUGAAUCAAUUCCGCUGUCAUGUGAAACAAACUCCACCUCUUCUUCCGAAAAAACUUCAACAAUAUUCGACGACUGAAAAUGAUUCAACAGAUAACGAAUCAGAUACUCUCCAUGAGAAUACAUUUCCGAUUCUGAAUACCAAAUCAAAAAAACGUCCCUACCAUCACAUUCGUUACAAGACACUUCGAAAAGCCAAUCAACUCGUCCGACAUGAAUCUCUCAAUGACAGAAAUCGUCCUCUUCAAUACGAGAAUAUCAAUCCAAAGAGAAAGCUCCCAAAACGAACCGAUUCAUCAUCCAUACCUGCAUCCGAUCAGAGUGAUAUUGCAUCCUCGCGACCUGAUUACCUAUCUGAGGGUGUACUAUCAAAUCUCGAGUCGGAAUAUGACAACAUGUACACACAGACUCGUCAUGCAAGUAAAUCAGAUAACAAUCGGAAUAAUUCACAGAUAAUUACCGAUCAAGACGAUGAAAGUGAAGAUGAAACAACAAUGGCAACAACGAUUAAUCGAUGUUACUUUUAA